UUUGCCCUGCCCCACGCUGGCUGUAACGGCGCUGCUGCUAUCGUCAGUGUCGUUUCUCCCCAGCGAAGAGGACGGUGGAGCUAAGGGACGGAGCUGCGGCGAGACCAACAACGUAUCCCCAGCACAGCACAGCGUCACAGUGACAUCUUUUGCAAAUAUUGAAGAGCAACAGCAGCUGAAGACGCACUUGGCUCAUCGGAGUUUCUUGGUGUGGUGGUGGUGGUGACGGCCGAGGUGGUGCUGGAAGUUAGGUUAUAAGGAGUCACCACCGAGGCGCCAUGGCCCUGUCCGCGGCGAUGGGCAAGGUGGCGAGGGGAUUGAGCACCCUCUUCUACGUGGCGAGCCCCAACGAAACAACCUUCCGUCAAGUCCACGAGGUGCCCGACUACAUUAACGGGGCGGUUCCUUUCUUCACCGCCUUCAUCCUGCUGGAGUGGGUCGUGACGCGAAUGAAGGGCGGCAAAAUUCGCUUAAACGACCUCUUCACUUCAGUACUAAACGGGGUGGCCUACGAAGUGCUGGGCGUGGGGGUCGUUGCCUUCCACCUCUGUGGCUACGAGUGGCUUUACGAGCGUCGCCUCCUUGACCUCGACUGGUCCUCGCCGAUCACCUGGUGGGUCGCCGCUUUCGGAGUCGACCUCGGCUACUACUGGUUCCACAGGGCAACACACGAGAUCAACCUGGUGUGGGCGAGCCACCAGGUGCACCACUCGUCCGAGGAAUACAACCUCAGCACGGCCAUCAGACAGUCCAUGUUCCAGCGCUACUUUUCCAUCGGUUUCUACCAGCCCUUGGCCCUCCUCGGAGUCCCGCUUCCCGCUCUCCUCGUCCACCUCCAGUUUAAUUUGAUUUUCCAGUUCUGGAUUCACACGGAGGUGAUUGACAACUGCGGCCCUUUGGAGUGGGUUCUCAACACGCCGUCUCACCAUCGAGUCCACCAUGGCGCGAACAAGUGGUGUCUCGACAAGAAUUACGCGGGCGUCCUCAUCAUCUGGGACCGUCUGUUCGGUACCUUCCAGGCGGAGCGGCGCGACGAGAAGAUUGCAUACGGCCUGGUGGAUCAACCGCAGUCCUUCAACGUGCUCUGGCUGCAGAUCUUCUACUUCGGGGCGGUGUUCCGUAAGGCGCGGAGUAUGACCACUUGGGGGGACUCCCUGAGGGCGCUCUUUUACGGCCCUGGCUGGUUUCCUGGAACGCCGCGCCUUGGAGACCCCGACACCUUCCCUGACGUCAAGGCCCCCCGGGUGAAGUACAACCCACAGCUUCCCCUGUGGCAGGAGGCAUACGUGUUGGUGCACUUCGCCAUCCUCAUCCUGGUGCAGCAAGCGUGGAUCCCCAAGGUUGCCAGCUUCUCGUGGGUGUCUGCCCUCGUGUUUACGGCGUUCAUCUUCGUGUCUGCGGGGAUCGUCGGGGCCAUGUACGACGGGUGGUGGUGGGCGCCCCUGGUGGAGGCCGCCCGAUGCAUUGCCUACGUAGCCUACGCCCGCAGCAACCCAGUCACCGGGUGCCAGGCUAUGGACGCCGCCAUCCUCUUCUACUUUGCGGCUUCUGCCUUCAUCUGGACUUCGCACAGCCUCGCCGUGGUGAAGGCCUCCGUCAAGGCUGCCAAGCUGGAAUAAUCACCUUGUUCUGGACACACUCCUUCCCUGUACAGCCACAUAUGAUGCUGUUGCCUGGAAUGCUCCAGUCUCCGUGCUGCCUUAUCAAAGCUCCCUGUGAUUUUCUGUCAUUGACACCAACGCCUAAGCUGUCCAUCUUUUCUUGUAGAUUGCUAAAAGCGAACACGUUUACAUUUUCUGUACUGCCUGUCAGUACUACCUCCAUCCCGUCUUACACGAGGGUGGUUUAACUCCACACCCCAUGCAAAACAUACGUAUUUACCCUUGUUGCAAGUAACUACCUCGUCGAACACUCCAGCUUUGGGCCAUACAGAACGUUGUUGAUAGGUUACCAUCGUCAUUGGACGAGGAUGAGGAGAAAGAAGAGGAGGAGAAAGAAGAGUAAGAGAAGGUAGACGAAGAACAAAAGUAAUAUGAGGAGGAGUAAGAAGGUGGAGGUGCUGUUGGAGGCCACGUCAAUCCCAACAUUCCUCUCCCAUGCACGCCGUCGCCACCUUGCCACAGAUGGUGUGGGACACGAUCGUGUCGCGGAUCGAAAGUUGUCACAGGAUAGAAAACUCAAAAAAGCAGUUCAGAGUAUGGCCUUUUGAGGCUCUGUGUCUUAAGAUAACGACUUUGAUACCCAAGAGAUAGCAUAAAUGUUUAUAUAAAUUAUCAGGUCAAAAGAACACAAAUAGCUAAAGGCAUGCAUUAACUUUUUAAAUCACAAAACUACAUCCAAGUAAAUUGUUCAUUAGAUAUUAUGAAUAUGGUUUUGGUGUUAGUAAAAGUAACCGAAGUAUCUAAAAUCUCUA